GUUCUGGUCUCUCCGGAGCAGUUCUGGGCGGACUGGUCGUGUUUUGACCGUUGGAGUUGGAGACCAUGGAGAGGCUGCUGGUGGCUCCGCUGGUUCUCAGUUUCCUCCUCUCAGGCGUUGUGGCCGUUCAGGUGACAAUUCCCGUCUCACAGGUGAGUACGGGCCUUUUUACAACAGUCACACUGCGGUGCGACUAUUCAACCUCAGCGAGUGCCCAGAACGUGCUGGUCACCUGGCGCUUCAAGUCCUUCUGCAAAGACCCUGUGUUGGACUACUACUCAACAGCCUACCAGGCUGCUCUACAGCUGGGUCAGGACCCGUCCAAUGACUGCCCAGACAGCCAGCGCACAAUCAGGACUGUGGCUCAGAAGCAGGGCACAAAUGAAGCCACUUUGGGUCCAGACUACAGAGACCGCAAAAUCUACAUCCAGAACAAGGCCGACCUGGUGAUGAAUGAGGUGAUGUGGUGGGACAACGGUGUCUAUUUCUGCACCGUUGCUGCUGUUGGAGACAUGACCGGUGAUGGAGAGAAAUACGUGAAACUCAUUGUCUACCAUUGGCUGACGGUGCUCCUCAUAAUCAUUGGAGCCCUUCUCCUCAUCAUGCUCUUUUGCAUCUGCUGUUGUCAGUGUUGUCCUCAGCGCUGUUGUUGUUACAUCCGCUGUCCCUGCUGCCCACAGACUUGCUGCUGCCCUGAGAAAGCUGUGAUGCAGCACAGGAUGAUGAAGGACGCUCAAAAGGCCAUGAGCGCCUGGACAAACGGACAGCAGGUCUACGCCCCACUGAGUAACCACAGCUCUGUUUACCAGAUGAAUCCCAUGCUGUACGGAGGUUCAGCAUCAGGAAAGAUCCCCAUGACCCCUGUGCCACUCCCUCCUCCUCAACCAGGCCCAAUGCCUGUUGCCAUGCCACCACCGAGCAUGCAUGGCAAUGGGAGUGUCCACGGUAGUGCCCAUGGCACCAAUAACAUGCUGGACUACUUGGAGAGCCAGAUGCGGGGCAUGGACAUGACCAGCCCCCUCCUCCAGCCUCAGCCAGCCCUACAGCACAUCCCCCCACCACCGCAGCACAUGCCCCAGAAUGUGCCCUUCUCAGCUGGCCCUCCCAGCAUGCUCUCUGCACUUGGCGAUGGCCCCAAUACCCGCCGCCCCCCAGGAGCACGGCCUCCCAGCGGUUCAUCCGGCUACGGCCGCCACUACCCUCCUCCAUCUGGACGCAGCAUGCCUCGAAGCUACAGUCAGGAAGACAUGCUGGAUACCCGGAGCCGGGCCGGAGGGGCUGGUUACCGCCCACGUUCCCGCUCCCGAGAUGACCUGCUGGCAGAACCCCGCCGUCCAGGGCCAUCUAGACAGGACCGGAAUUACUCCCCCCAACACCGUCGAGGGUCCUGGGGCUCGGCCAGUGACGAGGACAGCAGAAGGGGUGGGUCCAGAGGACCUAGAGGCGGAGGCUGGGCUGACCACCCGCCCAGCUACAGCGAGUAUGAGCCAGGCCAGAAGCCAACGAAGCGCUUCUCUGAUAAGAGUUCACGCAGUGGAGCCAGUAUAGUGAUCUGAAGCUCCCCACUGUUCCAUCAUAAUGGAGCGUAUCCAGGAAAGGCUAACUUUAAACUGUCGCCAAGGACAACACUGAACUAUUAUAAAAGUAUAUGAAGGUUUUUAUUAAGGGUUUUAAAGCUGUGCUUAGACUGGGCAUGCCCAGCCCUGCUCUAGAAGACCUACUGCCCUAAUUCUGCCAUCGAGAUGCUUUGGAAGACCUUGAAAAACUGGACAAGGUGUGUUAGUUAAGGGUUGGAGCUAAACUCUGCUAGGCGGUAGAUAGCCAGGAGCAGGGUUGGGCAUCUAUAACAUCUUUUUGUCCUGGUUUGUCUUAUGUUGCUGAGCCAAACUUCCAAAGAAAGUCUUUUCCUGUGGCUGAGAAGACCGGAUGAACUGCAAAAUAAAAAAUGAGCUGUAAACUCUAUCAUGAAAAAGACAAUGUGCUACACUUUACAAAUGCUCAGCAAACAUUGUACAAACACACAGCAAAUACAGAAAACAUAUGCAACUUAGAAAACUUAUAAAUACUGCAGGAUCAAUCACAACACAACAGAAAUGUUUCCAGAGGACAGUCAAAGAUGGAGGCAUUCCAACAUUGUUCUGUGCAGCUUAAACAUUCACCAGUAAAAAAGUAAGUUAACUUUUAUUUGAGUAAAAAACUAAUAUCACUGGAUGGUAAUAGAAAUUAGCUGUAAAGUUUAACUGUAAAAUUUUGCAAUAGCAAUACCAGACAUGGCUGAUAACUACUGUAAUGUGGCUAUAACAUGUCAAAGAGCUAACUAGCCAGCAAAGUUAAACAUGAACAGUAAUGUGAGUCUGUACUUUUAUCAACUUCCAGUGAUUUUCCAUCACAGAUAUUCCUGAAAUAUAGUUUUCAUAAGACCCAUGAUGUGUCUCAGCAAAUCUACACGUAUUUGCCUUUGCCCAACAAAUAGUCUAUAUAAUAGUGAAAGCUAACAACUCUGGAAAAGAAUCGUCAUCAGCUCAAAUUAUUUUAGGGGAUUUUUUUUUCCACUGCACAAAGUACCAAGACUUGUCACUGUACCAGUACCGAAGUUCCCAGUAUGGAUUUUGGUACCCGUUUAAGACUGAUACCAACUUGGCCUAAUGGUAACUCAGAGGUGUUCUGCGUUUGGUAACACUUGCAGCUAAAGCCAACAAAAAUGAUCAAAUUUCCUCUCCUAGGUGACGAUAAAGUCACUAAGCACUUGCAUCACCAAAAAGAACAUCGGACUGUAAGCUAGAAUGAUCUGCUAAUGUGUCGAUUGCUAUUUUUUAUUCAUUAUGACUUUGUAAAGCGAUUCCUAAGGUAAGCUAAUUAGGAGGCACUAGUUCCAUUCAUGCAGGCCUCCACAAACCAUUUUUUACAGAGAAACGAGUAAACUGUUUUAUUCUGCAUCUGAUUCUGUGUAAAUGUAGAGAUUUGUGACCUGUGUGAGUGGCUGUGCAGUAUAGCAUGUAAUAUCAGCCAAUAAGUUAUGCUAAGGUAACUUAGCAAAGCAGUGUAGCUAAUUAGCCAAAUGUGUAAUACAAGACCAGAAAUACAGUAAAAUUGUUAUUGUGUUAUUAUAAUGAUUACAGCUAUUUUUUAAGUCGGUGGAAAAUAACCUUGAACUAAAACUAAGUUCUGUUGAUUUGUUUUUUGGCUCAGUUCUUGUUUUUUGGAUGUGCACUGGGAAAACACCCUUAUUUCAAAAGUAAAAUUCAGUAGCCACCAAACAGGAAGUCAGGAGGCAUUCCAUUUUCACUAAAACGAACAUGCGAGGUUUUUAUUUUUUUUGUGAAGAAAGUUUAGAACUCAAAGUUGUUCGCUAGCUAAUCCCUGAUAUAAUACUUCUUUACAGAUGCUUUUCAGAUAUUAUUGUAUUUGUACAGUGUAUAUAAUGGUGAUCUGUUGGAAACUUGUGUUUGUGGUGUAUUUAGUUAGUAAGGCCACAUAAUGAUUUUUAAAGCUGUAUUGUUUACAUCAGUUAAUGUUUCUUAUAGGUAUUUAUUCUCAAAUAUGUCUUUUUAAAAUGACUCAAGCAAGUAACUAUAUGGAAUUGUGUUUUAUAGCCUAUUUACCUUUGGUAGGGUUACAGUUUUCUUCAGCCUCACAAGUGGACCUAAAUGCUCAGGUAUCUUAGCUCGUAUACAAAUAAUGAAUGUAAAAGCCAUUCAUUUGUAUUUAUCUGCCUAGAGAGUUUUUGUUUUCUUUUUUUGAUGUUAAUGAAGUAAUAUAUCUGUCUCAUAGUGAUCAGCUGUUUGAUGUGAUCCAAAGACAUACUGAUGAAGUAAAAAACAUUAGAAAUCAUUUGGAGGAUUGUAUACUGUAUGAAUGUGUGUGGUGGAGGGGGCUUUUUUAAAUACUUAAUACCAAAUCUGCAAUAAAAAUCUAAAAAUACACAAUGUGCAAUAAAACAUUUUAAAUAAA